CUGCGUUCACAGCCGUGUUUAAAUAGCAUACACAGCAAUAACUCGAAAUAAAUUGUACAAAAAAAUCAAGAUGACAUCCGAAGAAGAUGAGGUAUACACGGAGGAGGAGACUGACGAGGCCUUGUUCUUCAUCCGCGAGCAUGAUCUGCCCAUGUCGGAGUUGCACUAUGCCCUCAAGUAUGUCCGCAUCCUGAACGGAAACCGAUCCCAGAGCGAUCAGAUUAUGCAAGCCCAGGACGCGUCCCUGAUUCCUGUCGCUGAGGUGGCACCACCACCAUUCGACUGGGAGGACAAGGAGAACCAACCCGUGGCCCGGGACUCAUAAUUGCUUUAAAUGUGUUAUAAUAUUUCGUUUGAUUUGCGUUCUGCCCUCAAAAAGGGGUCUGAAAAGAAUAAAUGCUCAAAAGGCAUUUUACUUGUUA